GCAAAUUCUAUGCUCACUUCGACCGUGUCUGCAGGAUGCUCGCGCAAGCUGAGGCUCGUGCCGGUGUUUUUACCUCUGCAAAGAUGCUACGCAACCACUUCCGCGGCGUCGAAGAAGGCGAAGAAAAAGCCCCCACCGUCCCCGACUCCGGCGCCGAAACCGUCAACGAGUAAAACCAGCCUGAGGAAUAGGAUGCUGCUUGCAGCAUCCAAAAACUAUCAGGCCGUCAACCGGCGUCCACCUGAGCCUGAGGCGAAAGAAGAUAUGAAUGAGGAAGAGCAACUCAAACAUGUUGAGGCACUCACCGAACAGCAAAGGUGGCUGGAAAGUCAAGGAAGAGAGGUGCUGGGUGUGCAAAUGCCUAUGCUUGAUCUUAUGGUGCCCUACGCCGCCGGUGUUCGCAAUUACUCAGAAUAUGGCUCAAUACGCGCACUGUACCGACAAUGGCUGCAAAAUCGAAUAAAUGACGGCAAGAACGCGUUCUCAAUGCGACAUAUUGCAGUUUCGGACGCGUUUCCUGGGGUUGCUAUAAACCGCCAGAUGGGUUGGCUUGAGUCUUUUACCACCUACUCGCGACGGGCAUUCCAAGCACAAUCUCUCAAGGCCAACGCAUGGGUCGCUCCGAUGCGGCAGGAGUUUUUGGAUCGGUACAUCAAGCUGAACAAAGCUAUCGUCCUGAAAGAGCCUCUGAAUGAGCUUGCGAUGCGUCCGUUUAUUGAUGAGUUCUCUGCCAUCGUUCGCCAACGUGCGCUGGACAACACAUAUUUCUGGAACUUCCAUCGCGAAGUGUCCCCAACGAGGAUACUUUCCCUUCGAGCAGUGGAUGGUGAUUUUGGGAAGGAGAUGCCCGCGACAGGCUCACGUAUUGCCAUCCAAGCGUUGGUCAGAUUCGAUACCGAACAGAGCGUCGAAAUCUAUGACCGGCACGGGAAAGCUCUGCAUGAAGUUGGACCUGCGGAGGAACAACAGCAGUCCGGGAGAGGAGGGAAAACGUUACAUCGAGUGGCAGCAGUCCCGAAGCGGGUGACAGAAUACCUUGUGUUGGACCGUGCGAUGUAUUUGGUGGGCUCGCGGUGGCGAUUUAGAGCACGAAUUGAGGCGUUGCCGGGUCGGACAGUGGCUAUUUAG